AUGCCAGCCGUCGCCCACCUUACACGCCGCUUGCUAGAAGGUGGUAGCUCUGGAGGUAUCUCAGCAACAUCAAUUGGCCUCAUCGUUGGCCUCGGCGUGGUACCCGUCAUCAUCUGCGUCUGGGUCGUAUCAUGGCUAUUCUGGUGCUAUCCCUACGACCGAUCGUGCUGUUGCACUCGCCGCAAGAAGAAGCAACAGCUGGACGAAGAAAUCAACCCCACAGGCCAUCGCACUGGACGCAGUCUUGAUUCACUGCACGAAAAGGCAGCGUACCCUAUGCCCGCUGGCCAAGCACCAGUAAACUACCGCACCGAAUCUGGCAACCCAGGCCGCUUGCAAAAGACGGAUCCGAGAUUUUCCGUCCAGACGGCAAACAGCUCGAAUACGAUACACUAUGUGCAAGAGCCGAAGCCGUUUCAACAAUACACUUACGACUACGAAGACAAGAUACCCAAUACCGGCGUUGAGAUGGUGCAAGUUUGA